AUGUAUUCGUUGAAGCAAUAUUUGAGCGCACAGGAACGUGAGCAAAUCUCUAGUGAAAUUGGAUUAAAGCCAAAUCAGGUAAAAAUUUGGUUCCAAAAUCACCGCUACAAACAAAAAAGAAAUAAGAGAGAACAAGAAAUGAUGCGAAAUGCUAAUUGUGAUCAACAACGAGGAGAUAGAGAUGAUGAUCCAAGUCCUUCAACAAAUAAUUUGAAUACUAUUCAACAAAAUAAUAUUAAUAGAAGUAUGACUGAGAAUGGCAAUAAUGGAUGUGGAAGGGCUCGACUUGAAAUUAAAAUUGAAGAGCCACAACAACAAUUACUACCUCAAAUUGAUCAGAAAACUCUAAACAGUCAAUUUCUUCGUCUGAAUACAAAUGGAGUGUAUCCACAAGCUACAUGGGAUAUGGCUGCUGCUGCAGCACAACACCACUCAACAACAACAAUGCCUUUUGUAUCUACAGCUGGUACAUUCUACCAACAACCCUAUACUUAUCAACAACCAGCAUCGUUUUCUGCAAAUUUCUUCAUACAACCAUCAGUCUACCCAGGAUAUCAUACACCUGCUGCAUUCUACAAUCAAACAGCUGCCGCAGCAGCGGCCGCUGUAGCAACUGCUACAGACAAGAAGCUUAUUUAUGGAAUUAAAAAUUCACCAUGA